AUGGAUCUUUGGAGAUAUUGUUUGGAGGAAUUCCUUCCUUACGGCAUCUUCUCUCGUACCUACAUUACAUAUGUUAUUCCUGGUGACGUGCUCCACCUGGAAGAGGAACCUCAACCAACGGAAACCAGGAAAACCACAUUGCAAAGCAGCACUACAAAACAACAUCUCUCUCUACAUACUCCUUCCCAUUUCCUAUUUCUACACUUCUUUGAAUCAAAUUCCUGCCUUCUUCCUAUCAAUACCAAAACAGAAAACCUGGCUGAUUUACUUGUUGAUCCGUUGGUCUCGCUCGCAAUAGAGAAAUUGCACAAAGUUCUGGAAGAUGAGGCGGUCUUGUUGGUGGGUGUCACCGAAGAGAUCAAAAAGCUUUCCCGUACGUUCACCUUGAUCAAAGCUGUGCUUAAAGAUGCUGAAACUCGGCGAGGGAAGGAUGAAGCAGUGAAGAUCUGGUUGCAGAAUCUCAAAGAUGUGGCCUAUGAUGUGGAUGACAUAUUAGAUGAAUGGAUGACAGAAGCUCUCCGAUCACAAGCGCCCAAUGGAGGUGAUGGGUCCUGUUUCAGCAAGCUGAAGGUAAGAAGCUUCCUCUCGCCUAUUACUUGCUUCAAACAUGCCGUGUUACGCCACAAAAUUGGGAGUAGGAUAAAGGAGGUGAGGGGUAGAUUACAUGAUAUCGCCGAAGAGAAGAAUCAAUUGGGUCUUAGAGCAGAUAGUGGGGAGGGUGAGAGAGUGGUUAGUGAAUUGAUCAGGCGGGGUGAGAACAGAAAGCGAGAGACAAGCUCCUUAAUCAACCCACCGUCAGUAAUAGGCAGAGAAGGUGAUAAAACUAAAGUCAUAGGCUUGCUGCUGCAGGAGGUAACUGAGGUGCCCUUUGUCAUUUCUAUCGUUGGAAUGGGGGGUUUGGGCAAGACCACUCUUGCUCAGCUCAUCUACAACGAUGAGAAAGUGAAGGGGCAUUUUGACAUGAGAAUGUGGGUGUGUGUUUCUGAAGAUUUUGAUGUGCGACAGAUUACGAAAUCAAUCAUAAAAUCUGCAGAUGGGUCUAAUUGUGAUCAUCUAGACCUGGACCCUUUGCAACAUCUCCUCCGUGGUAUGUUGCAAGCAAAGCGAUUCUUGCUGGUGCUUGAUGACGUUUGGAGCAAAGACAGCGAGAAAUGGGAGAAGCUGAGACUUCCCUUCCAAGCUGGUGCACCCGGGAGUCAAAUCAUUGUAACCACUCGUAUUGAAGAUGUUGCACGCAUGAUGGGAAGCACUGAUCACAUGCACAAACUGGCGGUCUUAUCCGAUGAGGAUUGCUGGUUAUUGUUCAGAAGUAAAGCGCUGGAGCAUCGGAGUGAAGAAGAGAGUUCUGAGCUGGAAGAGAUUGGAAGGCAAAUCGUAAAGAAAUGUGGAGGGGUGCCUCUCGCUGCAAAGACAAUAGGGAGUGUCAUGCAGUCGAGAAGGACUAGAAGCCAGUGGGAGCUUGUCUUGCGAAGCGAGAUGUGGAACUCAGGUGAUGUCUUUGAAGGCAUUUUACCAGCUUUGUUACUAAGCUGCUAUGAUUUGCCUCCAGCUCUGAAGCAGUGCUUCGCAUAUUGCUCCGUCUUUCCGAAAGAUUGGCAGAUAAGGAAGGAUAAGAUAGUCAAGUUAUGGGUGGCACAAGGUUUCAUCUGCUCCAUUAAUGGAAGUGGAGACAUGGAGGAAAUUGGCGAACUGUAUUUUGAUGAUUUGCUAAGGCGCCCACUGCUCCAAGAUGCAGAAAACAAUAGUGAUGGCAGCAUAGAAUAUUGCAAGAUGCAUGAUUUAGUUCAUGAUCUAGCGCAAUACGUUGCAGGAAGUGAUUGUUCAGCGGUGGAGAUUAGCAAGGAAGCCUCGUUAAACCUAAAUAAUGUCCGGCAUUCUUUUAUAGUUGACAAUGACGAAGCUGGUGAUGAAGCUCACAAAUUGGCUUCCAUUUCGGCCACCUUGCGUAAGGCCCACAAGUUGCGGACGUUGCUACUACAAUACUCAGAAAUGACGUUUCUACGACAUGCCUCAAGAAUCUCCAAGGUGCCAGACAAGUUAUUUCAUCAUUUGAGAUGCCUAAGAGCAUUGGACUUCAGUAGGACUGAUAUCAAGAAAUUGCCUCAGACGGUGGGACAGUUGAAACACUUGAGAUAUCUUGAUUUAUCUGGCACAGACAUAGAGCAGUUGCCAGAGGAAUUGAGUAAUUGCAUCAAUUUACAGACCCUGAGACUCAAUGGCUGUGGGGAGCUAAGAAAACUGCCUAAAGGGAUGAGGAAAAUGAUUAGCCUGAGACAUCUUGAAUUUGAAGGUUCAAAUGAUCUGAGGUACUUACCAGAGGGUAUAGGGAGACUAACAGAGCUUCGGACGCUAACAGAGUUCAUUGUGGGGGGUGACGACCAAGGAUGUAAAUGUGGAGAACUGAAACACCUCAAUCAUCUUCAAGGUUUUCUGCCAAUUACCGGAUUGGAAAAUGUCAGGAGCUGCGACGAAGCUAGCGAUGCAGAACUGCAUAAGAAGCAGUACCUUCUUGCUCUUCUCUUUUUGUACUCCUACAUUGAACCGUUGGAUGAUAAGGUGAAGAGGAUGGAGGAUGUGCUCGAAAGCCUCCAGCCUCACACAAACUUGAAAGAGUCUAACAUACUGUGUUACCAAGGUUCCAAGCUUCCCAAGUGGAUAGGGAAUCCAAUGUUCUCCAAUCUAGUUGAGGUGAAACUCUUGCAUUGUCUCAAGUGUAAACAACUUCCAGGUCUUAGGAAACUACCGUCCCUUAGGGCCACUGGUCCAUAUAAGGGAACUGUGGUUGUUGGCCAAUGA